AUGUGGUCAGAACCCCUGGCAGGACCCGAGGGCACGGAGGGCAUGUGCCGUGGGGAGGGGCUUAGAGGCGGAGCUGUCAGGAGGGAGGGUCAGGCAGAGGCCUAUAUAAGGCGGGAAGCUGGCCGGCCGGAUUGCUUUGGAAGGCGACCACGGAAGGAAGCAGAGGAAGAGGAGGAAGCGGAGGCCAGCCUCGCAGUAGCAACAGACCAACCGACCGAUCGACCGACCGACCAGAGGAGGAGUGCCCAGAGCACGGCGAGUGACCUACAGCACCCAGGAAGCCAGGUGAGCGGCCCGCGCAUCUCUGCGGACGUGGACGGUGUGGGCAUCGGGAUGGGCGCGGCCGAGUGGGUGUGCGGGGCCGUGCGGCAGCUCCAGCAGCGCCUUGGUUCCAGCACAGACGCGGAUGAGCUCCGCCGCUCCUUGAGGCUGCUCUCCCGCCUGCCCAUGACGCCGGAGAUCCUGGCGGCCACGGGUGUCAGGGGGACGCUGGAGGCCUUGAGCAAGCACCAGCAGGUGGGCAGUGUGGCCAAGGAGCUGGCCGAGCGCUGGGAGAUCUUGGCUGUGCCGAGCCACCCGUCAGAGGCUCGCAGCCAGGUCCCGGAGCGGGCGGCGGGAAGCCAGGUGAGCGGCCCGGGCCUGUGUGCAGACCUGGACCUGGGUGGCGUCGGGACGCAGACGGCGGAGUGGGUGUGGGGGGCCGUGGGGCAGCUCCAGGAGCGCCUGGCCGCCAGCACCGAAGGGGACGCACUGCGCAAGAUCCUGAGGCUGCUGUCCGUCCUGCCCAUCACGGCGGAGAUCCUGGCCGCCACGGGAGAGAUGGCGAACCGCUGGAAGACCAUGGCUCUCCUGGGCGGAAACCCAGCGCUCGAGGCAGAGCUGAUGGGCCGGGGCCCGGAGCGGGAUGGGGCCCCAGCGCCCUCCCAGGAAGUUCUGGAAUCACGGGAACGGAAGCAGAAGCGGAAGAGGUGGAGCUUGGCAGGUGCGGAUCCUUCUUCUCAGAGCAGGGCCGAGGAGCCUCGGGGUCCAGGAUACCAGGCGGCGGAGGGGGCUUGGGGAGCCGCGCGGCAGCUCCAGGAGCGCCUGUCGGAGUGGGCUGAGUGGGAAGAGCUGAUGAAGGAGGCAGGGGUGGUUCUGGAAUCCCCGGAGAGGGUCCCGACGAGUAGCGAGGUCAAGGGAGACCAGGCGGGCAAGCUGGUUCUUGUUGAAGCUCCUGAUCCCGCCCGAGAGGAGCCAACGGUGCCGCCCGAGGGCGAACCAACGGAUUUCCCCGGGGGGCCAGUCGAUGCCGCCGGUGGUGCCCGGACACCCCGCGUUCUGUUCGAGCUCGUGCCCGAGCCUCGUCCCGCAGCUCAGCACCCCAGUCCCGGCAACGGUCACAGCAGGACCAUGGCACCCGGCGGCACAGACAGGCUGUGGCAAGUCCGCUGCAGAAAGGAGUUUAAGGAGGCCACCCCCGCCCCGGGCGAGUCCUGGCAGGAGCUUUUCGUGCGGCUGCGCCAGGAGCGGGAGCAGCGUCUGCAGGCCGUGAGCGCCAGGAUCCGGGCUGCCCAGGCCCAGGAGAGCGGGGGACGCCGGGCACAGAUGCUCCUGCACCCGCUUCCCCAGAAGCGCCCUCGCCGCG